AAAGGGCUUCCGUGCUAGUACGAGCGGAGAGCUGUCAUUUAGUUUCAGUUUUACACCACGCUUGAGGUUGCAAAUUCCUGCUAUGCCUAAAAUACCGAAAAUAAUAAAAAGGUUAUUUAAACUAAUAUUAAAGGAGAUCAAAGAAAGAUCUCCGAUAAAGUCUUUACCAACUAUCAAUCUAAGUUUGGAAAUCCCUAUAAUAGUCGAAAGCAAACUAAAUUUGUGUUCGCCCAAGUGCCACCCUUUAGGUAGAAAAGGACUGAAGGUCAAGAUUGGUGCACCGAAAAUUGUUUUCAGUAUAACUAUUGGUGAGAAAAAUAAGUUUAGCUUAAGCUCUGGACGUAUUGGGCAGGUUAUCAACGAAUACUGCUUUGACAUUCCACCUCAUGACCAGACUUGCAGGCCGACUGAAAAACCAGAUCCGCCAGAAACUGGAUUUGGAAAUGAUGAAAACCCAACAAUGGAUUGGGAAAAUGUGGGGAUCCUCCUGUCUGCUUAACUGGUUGGUCAGGAGAUGGAUGUUCCAAACCAGAUCCACCAUCAGGGUGCGUCAAUGGCCAACCCUUUGGCUCUGAGAACUGUACCGUGACUUGUAAAUGUGAUCCAGGAUGGAUUGGCCUCGCAUGCGAUGUAAGAGCACCAUCGAUAACUACUGGUGAUCCUCAUUUGACUACGUUCGAUGGAGUAAAUUAUGACUAUUUUGGUAUUGGUGAACUCUGGGGAUGCCAGAGCAUYGAGAAUGACUUUGGUCUUCAGUUCCGCUUCUUUGCCUACGAAAGAAGCUCCUUGACGGGAGGAAUUGCACUGAAAGCAGGCAACAACACCAUCACAUUAAUGACUGUUCGUACACCUAACAUCGCCGAUUUUCCWKUACUAAGGUUAAAUGGACAAAAAUUASACGUAAUCUCAUCUUUGGGUAAAGAAUUCAAAUUGGACAAUGGAACAGUAAUGAUUAGUUUGUCCAGAAAGUCAAAAAUAGAAUCAAACGACUCAGCAGUUUUGUUGAUGUCCGUUGAAUACAAAUCAGGUGCAGCGGUAAGCUUCGACGUUCGUCACAGCAAAGUAAUGGGAAGACAAUACAUCAACAUAGGGCUGACGCCUACCGUAGAUUUUAAAAGAAAAACCAGUGGCUUGUAUGGGUACAUGGAUGGGGAUCCAUCCAAUGAUUUUCAGGGACCAGAUGGCAAGAUAUACACUGAUCCAAUCAAAUUUGCAGAGAGUUGGAAAAUAACGACUUCUAGCAGUCAAAGUUACGGAUGGUCAUGGAAAGACUCCAAUUUUCAUCCCGAAGACACUAUGGAUCAUUCUUAUAUUGACCCAGCGUUUGUGCCACUUUACAAUCUACAAGGGAUCGAUGAUCGAACAAUAAAGAAAGCGAMACKUUUAUGCUCAUCCAUGGGAUUGACUGGGGAUUUGCUGAAAGGCUGCGUAUAUGACAUCGCCAUUACAAAUGACACAUCACUGUCUGAACAAGAAACACUUCAGCAAGGUUGUGAAAACGUUUGUUCUGGAAGAGGUCGAUGCAUAAAUCAAACCUGUGAAUGCAUUGAAGGAUGGUCGGGGAAUACCUGUGAAAUAGGACAAUGUAGCAAUUGCUCUAUACUGCAUGGCAAGUGUAUCAGUGGGUUUUGUCACUGUAUUACAGGUUGGGAAGGAGAAAAUUGCGACCAGGAAGCCACAUGUUUUAAUCGAAACAACUGUACAAGUCCACUUCAUGGCAAAUGCAAAACAACUGAUAUCUGUCUUUGUAAUGAUGGAUUUACAGGAAAGAACUGCAGUAUUAUACCUACUUGCUAUGAAGUUGCAAAUUGUUCUUCUCAUGGUGUCUGCGUAGAUUUUGACGUUUGCAAAUGCAAUAAAGAAUGGACUGGUAAAAACUGCUCUGAUUUUUCGUGCCACGAUUUGUCCUUCUGUUCAGGUCAUGGUCAUUGCAUAAACCUUUACGAGUGUAAAUGCGACCGAGGAUGGACCGGAGUUAGUUGUGGUGUUCCUGACUGCCCAGACGUUAAACAGUGCUCUCAAAAUGGAGACUGCAUAUCAAGCAAUCAGUGCAAGUGUAAACUUGGAUUUCAGGGCGAAGACUGCAGCAAGCCUUCUGACUGCUCAUCUUUAUCAAACUGCAGCAAUCAUGGCAUUUGUGAAAAUACAGA